CAGUUCAUGGUAAUCAAUGCAUAGUGUUGUCUUUCAUCAAAUUCUGAGAAAAUGCUUCGAUAAAGUACUACUGUUUCGACCCCUUAACAUUUCUAAUUAACUUUUUCAUUCCGUUUCUUACAGUCUUCUGAUAAAUCGGUACCUUAUGCAAUUGGUUAUAUACUCUUUGUGUGCUCAUCAAUUUCAAUCGUCCUUCUUCUUACAACAAUGUUCAUAUUUCUCCACUUCAAGAGACUCGAAUGUCCAAGACUUCGAGUUCAUCGUAACCUUGUAUUUGCCUUGAUUAUCCACUGUGUCUCUCUACUGAUAAUAUCUUCGUCCAUUGUGUUUGACGGCCAAUUCAAUUUUACAAAAGAAAAUCCCAUUCUGUGUAAAUUGGUAUUGUCACUUAAAAUGUAUUCUGCUCUUGCAUCCAUCAAUUGGAUGUUCAUUGAAGGACUUUUACUUCACAGUCGAGUUACAACUGGAAUUUUCAGGAAAAGUUUCCCUUUUAAACUAUACUACGCCAUUGGCUGGGGCAUUCCACUUUUCAUCAUUUUGACAUGGGCUUACAUAGUCAAUAAAACGUUGCACUCUCGAUGCUGGGAAGGUUAUGGUGAUCGGGUUACAAUAUGGAUAAUCACAGCACCAAUGAUUCUUGCAUUACUGAUAAACUCGACUUUUUUGGUAAACAUUAUUCGCAUCCUUGUUACCCAAUUGAGCCGUAAUCGAUCAGAGGAAACUAAUAAGAUCAGCAGAAAAGCACUCAAAGCAACAAUAUUGUUGUUUCCUCUUCUGGGAAUCACUCAUCUCUUGUUUUGUUUCAAUCCAAAGGAUAACAAGCAGCUAGAGAUGGCUUAUAUGAUAACUAAUGCCAUUCUUCAAUCGUCUCAGGUAAAAAGAGUUACACUAAAAUCGAAUCCGUUUUUCGGAAUUUACAAAAUUUUAAAGAAUUACUUGAUUGCAAAGUUGUAA